AUUAUAAAAACAUGUGGAAAGUUUAUUAAACUGCAAAAACUUAGUUUCACUGGGACACCCUGCUAUAACACAUUUUGCACUAGUUUUUCAAUUAAUAUUUCAUUGAGUCUCAAUCAAUUCAGCAUAGUUAGUGGCAGCCACAAAAACAAAGUUUCUGGAGUAGAACAACUACUUUCAAAGGUCUCGGAGCGGCUUACAACCAUGAAAAAAAACAUUGGCUUGUCGUGAAUUUUCCGGGCUGUGUGGCCAUGUUCCAGAAGCAUUCUCUCCUGAUGUUUCGCCCACAUCUAUGGCAGGCAACCUCAGAAGUUGUGUGGCAGAACGGUGGCAUUACAGUCCUAAUCCAACCCAUCCCUUCUUUCCAUUCAAAGUGAAAAGGCAGCUGUGAAGUUUGCUCAGGAGUCUUUGAAGAGGUGGCUGUGUAUUUCACCCAGGAAAAUUGGAAUCCCCUGGACCAUAGCCAAAGGGCUUUCCAUAAGGAGUCGUGAUGGAAAACUGUGAUAAUAUGACCUCUCUGGGUGAUGGCAAAGACAAUGGGAAUUCUGUGAUGUCAUCAAAUGCAGGGAAGCAUGGAGUGAAAAAACAGACCUUACAGACUGAAAUGGGACCAAAGAGGUAUAAAGGAAACAAAGCACAGAAGAGGGGCAAAUCCCCUGACUCGAAAUGUAUGGAUGCCUGUGAACUUGGGGUUCCGAUUAAUGACAAAAAGAGGAGGAUUAGAAAGUGUCCGGUGUGUGGGAAAAUAUACAAAUAUCAAACGGCGUUAAGUAAACAUGAAAAAAUCCACACAGAGGAGACACUAUAUCAGUGCCUGGAGUGUGGAAAGAGCUUCAGUAACCGUGGAAUUUUUAGAGUCCAUCAAAGAACCCACACAGGGGAGAGACCUUAUAAAUGCACCGAAUGUGGGAAGAGCUUCAAUGAGAGCGGGAAUCUUACUGUACAUCAGAGGAUCCAUACAGGGGAGAAACCAUACGAGUGCAUGGAAUGUGGAAAGGGCUUCUCUUCGAAAGGGUAUCUUAUUGCACAUCAAAGACUGCAUACAGGGGAGAAACCAUACCAAUGCCCGGAUUGUGGGAAAAGCUUCAGGAUAAGUGGAAACCUUAUUGUGCAUCAAAGAACACACACAGGGGAGAAACCAUAUCAGUGCUAUGGAUGUGGAAAGAGCUUCAUCAACAGCGGGAACCUGACUAAACAUAUCAGAUUUCACACUGGCGAAAAGCCGUAUCAAUGCAUGCAGUGUGGAAAGAACUUCAGUGGAAGAGGGAACCUGACUUCGCAUCAAAGAAUCCACAAUGGGGAGAAGCCAUACAAAUGUCUGGAAUGUGGGAAGAGCUACAUGGACAGCCAAAGCCUUACUAUCCAUCAGAGAAUCCAUACAGGAGAGAAACCAUAUAGGUGUAUGACGUGCGGAAAGCGCUUUAUUAGUAGCGGACACCUUAAUGUACAUAAAAGAACCCAUACAGGGAAGAAACCGUAUAAGUGUAUCGAAUGUGGGAAAGGCUUCAGCAUGAGUGGAAACCUGAAAAUACACAAAAGAAUCCACAGCGGGCUGAGACCAUAUACAUGUGCGGAGUGCGGGAAAACUUUCAACCAGAGCGCACAUCUACAAUCACACGAAAGAAUCCACACCGGGGAGAAACCCUAUAAAUGUACAUGGUGCGAAAUGAGCUUCAGCGAUAACGCGUGCCGCGUUAGACAUGAAAGAGGUCACACCGGGGAGAAACCGUAUCAGUGUACGCAGUGCGGAAAGUCCUUUGGCAGGACGGGAGUGCUGGCUUUACAUUUGAAAACGCACACGGAUGAAAAACCAUACAAGUGCAUGGAGUGCGGGAAAGACUUCAGAGACAAAGGAAGCCUUGGAGUCCAUCAAAGAACCCACACAGGGGAGAAGCCCUACAAGUGCAUGGAGUGUGGAAAGAGCUUUAGUCGGAGCGAACACCUCAUUGUUCAUGUGAGAAUUCAUACCGGGGAGAAACCAUAUAAAUGCACAGAGUGUGGAAAGAGCUUCACCAUCAGUGGAAACCUUAAGAAGCAUCAAAAAAUGCACAUAAAGGGAAUGUCCACUAAAUGUCUGGAGUGUGGGAAAUGUUUCGGUACAAAUAAGAGUCUUGCUUUACAUCGAAGAAUGCACGCAGGCAGAAAUCGAGUAAAUUCAGAGACUGUGGGAAAUCCUUCCAUAGUCUCUGAAGGGAUCCUCUCACCUCUGCAGGAGUCUACCGGACACCAUGCAGCUGUGGACAAGUCUACAUAGGGACCACCAAAUGCAUUGCCUAGACACGAAUCAAAGAACAUGAAAGGUACUGCAGACUACUUCAACCAGAAAAAUCAGUCAUAACAGAGCACCUGAUGAACCAACCUGGACACAGCAUAUUAUUUGAGAACAUAGAAAUGUUGAACCACUCUAACAACUACCAUGUCAAGCCACACAGAGAAGCCACUGAAAUCCACAUGCAUGUGGACAAUUUCAACACAAAGGAACAAACCAUGAAAAUGAACAAAAUCUGGCUACUAGUAUUUAAAAAACUCUUAAAAUUAUGACAGUAAAUAAAGAACAAAACUCAAAUACAGGGGAACUCCAGACAAGAAACAAUCAGGAACAGCUAAUCACCUCUCAACAAAGAAUUCCCCCAGGCAGUAACAGGGUACACCUAAAAACUGUCAGGCCAUCAAAUGCUAAUCAAGGUGGCCAAUUGAAACAUUCAUACCAAUCUCCAACAGACAAGAGUUCUUUCUCCCACCCUGGACUUUCCACAAAUAUAUAAAUGCAAUUUUCCUACGUGCCAACAGACCUCACAACCUCUGAGGAUGCCUGCCGUGGAUGCAGGCGAAAUAUCAGGGGAGAAUGCUUCUAGAACAUGGCCAUAUAGCCCAAAAAACCUACAACAACCCAGUGAUUCCGGCCGUGAAAGCCUUCGAGAAUACAUUCUUCCAUGUAAAAUAGGCUUCAUAUUGAAAGAAGCUAUACUGCGGAGAAGCCCAAUAAAUUCAUAGGCAGUUGAAAGAGUUAUUAAGAUGCUGAAAAAUCCCACAUCAAAUUGGAGAACCCACGUAAGGAAAAAAGGUUAUGAAAUCUACAUGGCAGGGGGCUGGACUAGAUGGCCCUGCCCUUCCAACUCUUAUGAUUCUAUGAAAUCUGGGAAUGUUUCAUUGGGAAUCCAAGCUUUCCUUCAUUUCACUUUCAGGAUAAACCAUAGUAAGGUAUCCACUAUUAAUGUAGCUCCUGUUAAUAACAAGAGUUCAUGUAAGCCAUAUGAGGAGUGGCUUAAAGAGCUGGGCAUGUUUAGCCUGCAAAAGAGAAGACUGAGAGGAGACAUGAUAGCCAUGUAUAAAUAUGAGAGAAGUCUUAGGGAGG